CUCGGCGUAACGUCAGCGGUAUCUACAUUUAUCAAGUGAUAGAAAUUUUACUGUUUGUUGCUAAGUGUGCUUCACUCCUACGUAAAACAACUUAUAUAAUAUUUGUUAUCAUUUAAAAGGGUAGUUACAGAUCAUCAAUCAAGAUGCCGAGUAACGUUAAAGAAGGUUUUUCUACGAAAGCUAUUCACGCUGGCCAGGAUCCAGCACAAUGGAAUCAUUGGUCGUUGGUUCCACCUUUAGUUAUGUCUACUACUUUCCAACAGAGUCAUCCAGGAGAACAUCAUGGUUUCGAUUAUGGUAGAAGUGGUAACCCGACGCGUAACGUAUUGGAAACGUGUUUAGCAGCAUUGGAAGAUGGAAAGCACGGUUUUACUUUUUCAUCGGGUUUGGGAGCCAUCACAGCUAUAACCGGUUUACUCGAAACUGGAGAUCACAUAGUUUCUGGAGAUGAUGUCUAUGGCGGAACUAAUCGUUUUUUUCAAAAGUGCUUAGUUAAACAAGGUAUUAAUGUAUCUUUUGUGGACCUGACAGAUACCAAAAACCUCUUGGCUGCUAUACAACCAAACACCAAGAUGGUUUGGUUGGAAACACCUACGAAUCCUCUAUUAAGAUUAGCAGAUAUCGAAGAAAUUGCCAAAGUUUUAAAAUCCAAACAUUCAGAUAUCAUUCUUAUCGUCGAUAAUACAUUUCUCACGUGCUAUUAUCAGAAACCAUUAGAACUCGGAGCAGAUUUUGUAGUAUAUUCCCUAACUAAAUAUAUGAAUGGACAUUCGGAUAUUAUUAUGGGUGCAGCGAUUACAAGUAGAGAUGAUUUAGCGGAGAGACUUCGUUUUCUACAAAAUGCAAUGGGUGUAGUUCCAUCGCCUUACGAUUGUGCUAUGGUUAAUCGUAGUUUAAAAACAUUAGAACUUAGAAUGCAACAGCAUAUGAAAAAUGGAUUAGCUGUUGCCAAAUUUUUGGAAAAACAUCCUCAAGUGGACAAAGUUAUUCAUCCUUAUUUACCAUCUCAUCCGCAGCAUCAACUUGCUUUAAAACAAUCGACUGGUCACAGUGGCAUCGUUUCCUUCUAUAUUAAAGGAAGUGCUCAAAAGUUUUUGAAAAGUCUUCGUUUAUUUGCUUUAGCAGAAUCACUUGGUGGUUACGAAUCUUUGGCGGAAUUGCCAAGCGUCAUGACACACGCUUCUAUUCCCGAGGCCACAAGAAAUGAAUUAGGAAUCACGGAUCAGUUAGUUCGUUUAUCUGUUGGACUUGAAACGGAAAAAGAUUUGUUAGCGGAUCUUGACCAGGCUUUAAAAGCUUCUCAAUGAUAUCACAAAUAUAUUCUAUUUUUUAA